AUGCCGGACAUCGACCCCGCGGCUUUGAGCCGUCCGACCGUCAGCCUGUCGACCCCGACUCUAUCCAACAAGACUCUGUCCAUCACUGCGCCUGGCUCGGGAAAGCCUGUCAAGACCAGCCAGAUCAUCCCCGCCCGCAUUGACCUGGAGCCGCUGUACUCCGCGCUCAAGGGCGCCAUUGGCGGCGAGAAAUGGCUGGUCUAUAAGGAGUCGACGGCCGAGUUCUUGAUCGGCCGCCUCAGUCAGGCCGAAUACUCGGAACGAAUAGAUGUCAUCCUCGCCGACAGCAAUGGCGAGAAGGACCAUCUUCACAACCAACUCAUCGCCGGUAUUCUCGGCAAUGUCACACGAGAAAUGCCCGACCAGGGCCUGGCGCCUUGGGUCAGCGCAAACGACAAGCCCAUGCCCGGCGCCGGCAGUAAGCCCGUCACGGGUGAUGCCGCCGAAAGAAGGUUGAAGGGCGAGGUGAUGCAACUACCACCUCGAGAUCGCAGGCGCAUAAAAGACCUGGCCCAGAACGAUUAUGACCCACACGAUAGCCUAUCAAACCUCUUUACAGAGACACUCCGUAAACCAUCAACAUCGGUCGAGGCCGUCCCAAGCACGGCAACUGGAAUUAACAAUAUGAACUUUGACUUGGAAAUCAGAAAACGAUUUGCACAGCCGUUGGCGGUUGAGUCUGGCGAGUUUCCAGAUGUCGGCGUCGUGACGGGGCGCAUGUUACCACUCUGCUACGAGGCGGGACUUCCCAGUGGCCACGCAACGGACGCGCCGCAACUCGUCUCCGUGGCCACCGAAACCUUCAUCAAAGAGGUGUUGACGCAGAUAUUCAGUCGCACGCGUAGCAACGGUCCUGGUGACUCUGGCAACGCGAGCUGCGGCAUCGGCACGACGUGCAUUCAAACACACAAGUACAAGAAACAGCUGCGUCAGGAGGAAGAUGCAGCUCUCCGCGGCGAGAUCACGCGGGAUAAAGGCGGCCUACUUCCCGUCGAAGCCAAAGCUGCCAGCGAACGCGGCCCGCUCGGCACGGCUGACCUGAGACUGACACUCGAAAUAGCGGAUGCAGGCAUGGCUCAGUUCCCUGCCCUCUUGACGCAGGUCAUUUUCGGGUACCGCGAAGGUGAGCUUGAACACUGGGAGGACUAUACGUGGUAUUACCACGAACCCCCAGUGGUGGAGGAAGUUAUAGAUGGCUAUGAUGCCAGCCAUGCCGUCAACGGAUACGCAGACGCUAUGGAUGUGGACCAGGAAACGUGGUGGGAUGGAGCUGACACCAACGAUACGGAUAUGCUAGAUGGCAUCCUGGACUCCUGUCUUGCCGUGGGAUGA